AUUCUUACUUUCUCUUAAUCAACUUCACCUCGCACAAAUAUACAAACAACAUGUUAUAAAGAUAUAUAACAUCUCCGCAAUGGUCCUCCUAACAACAACACCCUCCAUUCUCUCCGCCAUCGAGGCCCUCCCUUCUACCUCGCGACAUGACUUCUCCCUCCCCGAUACCUUGAAUCUAGAGGACCCGAUUUCCCACGACCAAUUAAUCAAGAUAGCUCGAUACUUCCGACAAAAACCUACCACAGACUCUUCACCUUCUACUGAUGGAAGCAAAACCCUGAACUCCCUCCUCCGCGGAACAAAAGUCUACGUCCCUCCUCCGCCCAAGAAACCCGAGCCGUCACCUGAAUAUCUCGCCCUCAAAGCGCGCCUUCUCGCCGCCGCCGAAACAGACGCCUACAACCGCAUGACCUCCUCCUCAUCCUUCACCUCACCCGGUUUCUUCCCUACAUCCUCCAGAACCCCAGCAGCAACGAAACCCUCAAUCUUCACCUCCUCAACACCCACCCUCGAAGCACUACACAACAGGCAUAAUCCCAACAAUGAUGAUGACAAUGACGCAGACCCCCUCACUCCCGGCCUCGUGCUCAACAUCUUCCUCUCCGUCCUGAUCACCGGGUUCAGCGUGUACUGGGCGCUGCGGAGUUUCCGGUCCCCGGAGAUGCUGGUGUCUACUGUGGCGAGGGUGUGGAGGGGGAAGGGGACAGGACAGGGGGUCUCGGAGUCGGUAAAGGUGUUGGUGUCGUUGGCGGCGGCGGUGGUGGUGGGCGUGGCGGAGGUGAUGAUUUAUGCGAUUUAUUUGAGGAAGGUGGAGGUUGCGAGGGGGAGGGAGAGGAGGGUGAAGGAGAGGAAGGUGGUUGUGGGGAGUGAGAGGGUUGGUGGGGGGAUGAGUAGGGAGGGUGGUGAGGGUGGAGGUAAUGGGCAGAGGGUUGGGGAGGGGGAUAGGGAGGAGGAGGUUAUUUGGGGUAGAGGGGUGAAUGGAGGGUUGAGGAGGAGGGUGAGGGAGAAGUGGGAGGAGAAAGAGAAGGAUAUGGAUGCGGAUAAGAAUCAGCAGAGGGAUAAGAGUGAGUGAAGAGCGUAUGCUGUUAGGGUUGACGGUGUACUAUUAUAUGUAGUAUAUAUUACUGUAUAAUGACAAUGAUGGACAUAUGCACUAUGGUUGGUAAGAUUGUAUCAAUAAGAAUCUGUGCUAACUACUUCUCAAGCAAUAUCAAUCAUCCUCUCGCUCAAGCUCAGCAACUCUCUCCAUAGCAUCAUCCCCCAUAUUCCCCGAAAACUCCCUGAACAUCAAAUUAGCCUCGCAGUAUUCUGGAUCCUCGAAAGUCGUAUUAAGCCACUUCAGCAUAUCCUCCCACGCCUUGGGCAUAACACACUCGGUUAUCAGCGGCUCGCCAGAUGAAUAGCAGUUGCACC